AUGCGUCAACUUACGGAGCAGGAGUUGCAGACGCUACUUGCCAAGUUGGCAGGCUACACCGGACGGUCACUCAACAACCUCAUCGUGCCCCAGUCCGAUUCCGAGGAGGAGCGCCAUGUCUUCCGUCUUCAGGGAAACCGAGUGUACUACGUGAAGAAGUCACUGGCAGAUCUAUCAACGAGUUUUCCUCGGGACACCCUUCUUUCUCUUGGAAUUUGUAUCGGCAAGUUUACCAAGACUGGAAAGUUCAGAAUCCACAUCACAGGUUUGUUUCUUCUGUCGCGCAGAAUCGCAGUGGCAUGGCUGGCUAACCAAGUGGCAUGGUUAGCGCUCGACGUAAUUGCCCCUCAUGCGAGAUACAAGGUCUGGAUCAAGGACAAUGGUAUCAUGCCGUACCUCUACGGGUCGAAUGUCGUGAAAGCGCAUGUCGGAAGAUGGAGUGAGGAUAUCCCAGAGCAUACAGGAGUCUUGGUAUACGACUCGAACGACACACCUUUGGGAUUCGGUGUUACUGCCCGAUCCACCGCUGAGAUCCGCAAGUUGGAUCCCACUGCGAUCGCUGUGUUUCGGCAAGCGGAUGUAGGAGAAUACCUGAGAGAGGAAGAUACCCUGUUUACGACGUGA